AUGAUAUUGCUCCUGUUAUUGGGGGCUAUUGAUAUUAUCUAUACAACUCAAUCAAGAUCAAAUAAAUUAAUUCAAGAUAUUUGUGAUACAUUGUAUAGCAGUAACAGUCUUCCACUAGAUGAAAAUCAACAAUGGGAAGUUAUCUGUCAAGAAUUAUUCCAUUCAAAAGAUGAUGAUCAAUAUGCUAAAGAAGAACAACGUAAUACAAUGGAUGAAAAUAUUUCUCAAAACAACCCAUUAUCAAAAGCUAUAAGAAUUUCAAGCGGCAUUCGCAUUGGCGGAAUUCGCACUGGUGGUGGUAUUCGCACUGGUGGUGGUAUUCGCACUGGUGGUGGUAUCCGUAACCCAAUCCGUACGUCUCCUUCUAUCACAAGAUAUACCAAUACUCGUACAGGUGCAACAAUAUCUCGUCCAACCGGAUGGAUAUGGAGUCGAACUCGGUUAAUGUUUCUUCCAUUAGCUACAAGAUAUUUUUAUCGAUCUUAUUCAUCAUCUAAUCGAUACACAACACCAGCUACUAGUUCACACACUUAUUAUUAUUGUACAUCAGGUAAUAAUGCUUCAGCUGAAGUUCAAUGUAGUUCGAUUAAUGGUGAUUCACAGUGUUGUGAAGAUCAAGAAGGUCAACAUGUAUUUUGUUGUGGUGGUGCUAUUCCAGAAGAUUAUGCUGAAGAUAUGAAUCGAGCAACAAAAAGAAUAGCACAACUAUUUUAUACUCUUACUGCACUGACUUUAUGUAUGCAUUUGUUUGUACGACGUUUUUAUCGAUGA